AUGGCGAUCUCAACAGAUACUCCUGUAACACCCCGGCUGCGCGUCGCCAUCUCAGGCGGAGGACCCGCUGGGCUUGCAGCGGCCAUAGCCCUUCUGGAAAAGCCGGGCUUCGAGGUCACGAUAUACGAGCAAGCCACAGAGCUGCGAGAAGUCGGCGCAGGGCUCAGGGUUGGCUACAAUUCUUGGAGAGUUCUUGGCCUCCUGGGAGUCGCAGACAAGGUCAAGGGCCAUAUCAAGGUCGACCACCAACAUCGGGACGGAGUUACUGGAGAGGUGCUGUACACGUAUCCGCCCUAUGAGGGCGACUGGAAAUACCAUGAUACUCGAAUCAGGCGAACUGUGUUACAAGACGCACUGAAGAGCCGCGUCCCUUCUCGCAUAAUUCAACUGAAAAAGCGAUUGGUUGACUUGGUACAACAACCUGGAGGAGGCGUAACAUUACUGUUUGAGGACGGCACGUCUGCACACGCGGACCUGGUUAUUGGUGCAGAUGGUAUUCGAUCUGCGGUCCGAAGAGCUACAUUUCCUGACCACGCGACCACUUACAACGGGACUACUAUCUGGCGGUGCUUGAUACCACUGGACGCUGUCGACCAUUUAUCAAUCACCAAGUACACUGCGUUUCACCAUGGCCCCAAGAGAAUGUUUAAAUGCUCAGUGGUAUCGACGAAAGAGGAGAUCGAGGCAGGAAAGGGGCUUUGGGAAAUGACCCUGCGUUCAUAUGAAGAUCCGGCGCAAGCCAGAGGCAAGAAAUACAGCUGGGGCAUCCCGGCGAACAACGAACGAGUGGCAAGCCAUUUCACGGCAUUCUCACCCGAAAUCCGUGAAGCGAUUGAUCGAGUACCUGAGGGCGCCUGGAGAGAGUUCUCUGCCUUUUCCGGCCCGAGGCUCCAGCAAGUCAUCGCUAAUGGGAAUACUGCGAUCAUCGGGGACGCGUCCCAUCCCCUGCUAGGCGCUUUCGGCACGGGAGCAGGCUUCGCAAUGGAGGACGGAUGGCUGCUUGCGCAGAUACUUGAGCUCUCCUUGAACCAACACAAGAAGGACAAACCCCGUGCUCUUCAAGAGACUCUUGACCUGUUCGACAAUAUUCGCUCUCCAUACUACCACAAGAUCUACGAUGUGCUCGACGCAAAACCGAAGGACGGCAAGGUUGAUUAUGCCGCGUGGUCACCAACCCCCGGAGGGCCGUUGAACUGGGUUUACUUCCAUGAUAUUGAGGAAGACUGGAAACGGAUAAAGAAGGGAUUCAAAGCCGUGAAUCAAGGCAGUGUUCCCCAAAACAAUACCUAA